AGAGGCGCAGUUGACGGACAGCGGUUCCCCGAUUUACGAGCCGAGUCAAAUGUCCUGGGAGAUGGGCAGACGGGCUGAGAAGGCGCCACGAUUGGACCUUCUGAGCUGCACUCUCGACAGAGUCUGAGCACAAUUUCUCUCGGUGGACUCUCUUAAUAAAAAAAAUAACUCCAUGUCCACAGCGAGAACUUUCUCUCUCCAUCUCGACUGGAUCCUGACCACAGACUCUAGCCGCUCUCUGGACACCUCUGGGAAUUUAUCUAUUCCGAUUGAACCUCUUUGAUAGGUGGUGGACUGAGCUAUCCAACAGAUCUCCCCUCUCUCUCUCUCUCAAACAAAACUCUUACGCCCACGCGAUCUCAUUCACCAAAAACCCCUUGAACCAGCCUCUCCAGCCGGACUCUCGAACCAGGCAGCUGCAGCAUCAUCACCAGCAGCAGCAGCAUCAAUCGGUUCCUUUCCCGCCGAACUCUCUCGACCCGCUCACCCACCACCACCAACACCACCACCACCCAUAACCAAAACCACCCCCCCCGCCCCGUGCCAGCGAUGGGCGACUUCCAGACGGAGGUGCGUGGCUUCACCACGUGGGACUACGUGGUGUUCUCCAGCCUCUUCGUCGUCUCGUCGCUCAUCGGCGUGUACCACGCCUUCGCUGGCCGCGGAGGCUCCUCGCAGGAGUUCCUGACGGGCGGGCGUCAGAUGACCGCGGUGCCCGUAGCCCUGUCGCUCACCGCGAGCUUCAUGUCGGCGGUGACGGUGAUCGGCGCGCCAGCCGAGGUGUACCGCUACGGGGCGAUGUUCACACUCUUCUGCAUCUCCUACACGCUGGUCAUCGUCGCCUGCUCCGAGAUCUACAUCCCCGUCUUCUACCGCUCGGGAAUCACCAGCACGUACGAGUACCUGGAGCUUCGCUUUAACCGCGUGGUCCGGCUGAUCGGCACGGGCGUCUACAUCGUCCAGACGAUCCUCUACACGGGAAUCGUCAUCUAUGCUCCAUCCCUCGCGCUCAACCAAGUGACGGGUUUCACGUUGUGGGGAUCAGUGGCAGCCACAGGCGUUGUCUGCACCUUCUACUGCACCCUGGGCGGCCUCAAAGCCGUGGUGUGGUCAGACGUGUUCCAGAUGGUCGUGAUGGUGGGAGGAUUCCUGAUGGUCAUCAUCCAGGGCUCUCUCAUGAGCGGUGGCCUCGACGGAGUGUGGCGAGUGGCGGAGGAAGGAGGCCGCAUGCACAUCUGGGACUUCAGCCCGGACCCCCUGCACCGCCACACGUUCUGGACCUUCCUGGUGGGCGGCACCUGCACCUGGCUGGGCAUCUACGGCGUCAACCAGUCGACUGUGCAGCGCUGCAUCUCCUGUCGCACCGAGAAGCACGCCAAGGGGGCGCUCUACCUCAACUUAAUCGGCCUGUGGAUCGUGGCUCUGUGCGCCGCGCUCUGCGGGCUGCUCAUGUACGCGCGCUACGCCACCUGCGACCCCUGGAGCGCCGGGUUCGUCAACGCCCCGGACCAGCUAAUGCCCUACUACGUCCUGGACAUCCUUGGGGACUACCCGGGUCUGCCCGGGGUUUUCGUGUCGUGCGCCUUCAGCGGGACCCUGAGCACCGUGGCCUCGAGCAUCAACGGUCUGGCGGCGGUGACCUUCGAGGACAUCGUCAACCCAACCUUUGGGCCCUUUCCCGGCAAGCGCGGAGCCCUCCUCACCAAGGGCCUCAGUGUGCUGUAUGGAAGCGCUUGCACUGCGAUGGCCGUGGCGGCGUCAUACAUGGGACAGGUGCUUCAGGCUGCGCUCAGUAUCCACGGCAUGGGUGGCGGUCCCGUGCUGGGACUGUUCACCCUCGGCAUCCUCUUCCCGUGUGCCAACGUCAAGGGCGCGAUCGCGGGCACCGUGGCCGGCGUGGUGAUGUCCUUCUGGAUCGGCCUCGGGGCGCUCCUCUACCCACCCACGGACGAGCAGAGCCGGGCGCUGCCGCUCUCCACGCAGAACUGCUCACGGCCCAACACCACCGCCCCGCCGCCCGGGGACGGAUCCUCGACCACCUGGGCCAGCGCCUCCACGCUCGCCGCCUUCACGGAGGAGGCCGAGUACAGGCCCGACCUGGCAGACUCGCUCUACGCCGUCUCCUACCUCUACAUCAGCACGGUGGGCGCCAUCACCGCCGUGCUGGUGGGCCUCGCCGUCAGCAUGGCCACAGGUCCCACGAAGGGCGCGAGUCUGAGGCCCGGCCUCGUGCGCCCCGUCUGUGACCUCUGCUGCUUCUGGUCGCAGAAGAUGAGGCGCCUGCUGUGGUGCGGGGUGAGGCACGGCGAGGACGAGCCUCAGGAGCCCGAAGCGAUUCAAGUGGAGGUGCCGAAGCAGCCGCUCGACACGAAUGGCCUCGAUUCGUACUCGGCGAGUCCCGUCAGGCAGACGAAGCUGUAGCGGCGUGGCGCGCCUCUAAAACGGAACCUCGGAGAAGCGGACGUGGAGGGGAUGGGGUCCAUCCAUCUGGUCGUGACCCCAACGUGACCCAAACGGACCGGGAUGGUCGUGACCCCAACGUGACCCAACCGGACCGGACUAAGAUUUGGACUUGAUCUCAUCUCGUUGGUCUCUCUCCUCUCUCUCUCUCCUUGCGAGCGUGUGUUGUUGUUGUUGUUGUCGUGUUUGUUUUCAUCCCAGCGGCCCACUUUGUUUCGAGUAACCCUUUACACGUUCUCGUUCGAGACCGGUGCAGAUGGUGACCGGCCAAAAAUUAAAAAAUAAAAAUGUUUGUGAGAUGGAAAAACAAUAACAACAACAAUAACAACAACAAUAACAACAACAAUAACAACAACAAUAACAACAACAAUAACAACAACAGUACGGAUGAGACAACAAUCCUCAUCCCUUCCUGUGUUGCUGCUGCUGCUAACUCCUCUUAGUUCAAACACAAGGGCUGAGUGAUGAAUCGUCUCUCAGUUUCAGUGGGGGUUACGGUAUCGAUUAAAGAUUCAUCUGUGGGGUUGUUUUUUUGCA